AUGAACAAUCCUGAAGACUGGAAUAAUGGAAUGGAGCAACCGGGUGAAGACAACAGGUGGAAUUAUGCCCUACUGGUGCCUAUGCUGGGACUCGGUGUCUAUCGAUGGAUCUGGGACAGAAACUCUCAGCAGAAAAUCAGUCAGAUCCAGGUUAAGCAUGACAUGGCCAUGAAGAUAGUUAAUAAAGAAAUAGCUCAGCUAAUGCUUGCUCUAGAGAGAAAAGAUGAGGCAGUAAAGAAAAAUGAAGAGAUAAGGGUGUCAAUGGCUUUGAAUGAAGUAGAGGACAAGCUGAAGGAAAGACAGAAGGUCUUCUGCAGCUAUACUACAUCCCGUUACACAAGGUUUGAGAUAGAGGAAGAUCUAAUGAAUCUAGCCAAACAGCCGUGUUUUGCUCAUCUGAAUAUGGAGGAUGGACUUAGGAAUAUUUUUAAGCAUGAUCGCAGCUGUGCUGACAUUUUUGACAAAGAUGACAGCAGGAAUGGAACACUCAUGGGGAAGUUCCUCUCUGAAUGGAAGCUUAACAUUCAAAAUCAAAGGAAAGUGGAAAGUGCUGUCCCUGGCAAUCAAACUAGAAAAUAACAGAUAUGGAAUCUAUUUAAAAUCAUCCAUAUUUCCACAAUAUAUUUACUGUUUCACAACUGCUAUUACAUUUAAAAAUACAAUAAUGUC